AUGCACAAACAUAAACCAGACCCAAUCAAGAUCCGGGAAAGAGAUCUUCGACAAAAGACUCGAGAAGUAAGAAAGGAAGAGAUAGAAAAGGAAAAGUUAGAAGAACAGCAACAACAAAUCUUAGAAACAAUAUUAGAGAAGUACGACAAAGACGAUAAACAAAUUCAAGUACCUGAGUCAAGCAACUCGGCAGAAGACAAAGAAGAACCAAAUAUUGAAGACGUCCCAGAGUUUGAGCUGUUUGAAGAGGCAAAAUUCACAGCACCAGAGUUUUACUCGUAUCCUAAUUCACCAGAAGAACAACUUAUCCAACAAAGUCUACAACAACAAAUGGCAAUCAUCAACCCAGCGACAGCUAUAGGGAACAUGAUUUCCUAUCCCAUUUUUACUGGUGGAAAAACUGAAGAUGCAAACCAGCAUCUUAAACAAUUUGAUCAAAUUGUAAAGAUGAACAAACAGGAAAUGCAUCGAGAAAUACUUUUCCCAUACACACUUAAAGGAAAAGCCCUCGAUUGGCACAACACACUCGAUGAUGCGAUAACCCAUGAUGAAAAGAUCACACAAUUUAAAGAACAAUUCCAGACUGGAGGAACUCAAGAAGAACACUAUGAGAUCAUCAAGAACUUCAAACAAAAACCACGUGAAGCACGGAAUGUUGAGGUCAAAGUCGAAGACUCACAAACUUAUGAAGAACCAGCAAUACGAGCAAUCACGAGACAACAAUACAAGUAUCAACAACCAGAUAAUUUGGAAGAACAAGAUCACGAUGAUGAACUGGAAAUUAUCCCAGAAACCAAAUGGAAGAAAAGCAAGAAAAUACUUAAAGCAAUUCAAGCUGAAUUGCAAGCACAAGAUCCAGAAACAAUCAAAGAACACGACAAACAAUCAAACAAUCAAGAAACAAGAAGUUUUACCCAAGAGGAGCUGGCACCUGUUCAGCAGAAAGAAAAGUUUCAUGUGGAAGAGCAAGCUGAAGCAAGGUUGAAGCAAAACCUGGUGGAAGAUGAACAGCCUGAUCAGAUUGAGCAACCAGCAGAAGAAGACAAAGACCUGCAGUGGAUAAAGGAGUUUCAGACUCAAGAACUUGAGGUGGUGCUUCCGAAGUUUUGUGAGCAGACGGAGCAGAAGAAAAAUUCAAUGCCAGAGUUUGACGUGGAACAGGCAGCAGCUGGUCAAGCUGGCUUGGAGCAGAAAGCUGUUGUGAAGAAGAAAGAAGAAGAUGUUGGACAACAAAGAGGCAUUUAUGCAACUGAUUUCGGGAAGAAGCUGGUCAAAUUCAAAUCACAAGACUUUGAGGAAGCAGCUCAGACUUAUGAAGAGGAGGAAGAGGAGGAGGAGCCACAUGAGGGAGCAGCUACCCACGAUGCAGCAAUGGAGCAGUGA